AUGGAGCUCGCCGCCGGAGGCUCCGGCUUCCUCAUGGACUCGCUGCUCUCCCCCAGGCCGCCCUCCGGGCUCCUCUCCCCGGCGGAGCCCACGGAGCGCAGCGGGGGCUCGGAGCCUCCUCCCCAGCAGGAGCCUCCUCCUCCGCAGCCCCGCUCCAUCUGCGCCUCCUUCCUAAUCCGAGACAUCCUGGCGGACCGCCGCUCCGGUUCUGACCCGGGACAGCCAGAACCACGAGCCGAGCCGAUCCGAACCGGACCGGACGGAACCAGCGGAGACAAAGAGGCCGGGUCGGGUCGGACCAAGAAGGCCCGGAAGGCCCGGACAGCGUUCAGCGAGGCCCAGCUGUCCAAACUGGAGAGAAGCUUCCAGAACCAGAAGUACUUGAGUGUCCAGGACCGUAUGGACCUGGCUGCAUCCCUGCAACUCAGUGACACCCAGGUCAAGACCUGGUACCAGAACCGCAGGACCAAGUGGAAACGUCAGUCAGCUGCAGGUUUGGACCUUCUGUUCCUGCCGCAUCACUUCCUGUGCUGUCCUGCCCCACCCACACUGGACCACUUCCUGUACAGAGGCCACGCCCACCACCCCACAGUCGUGCCCCUGGUUCUGACCCACACGGACCUCAGCUGA